GGCCGCCGCGAACGUCUGACGUCACCAGCCCGCGCCCGCAGAGGUGAGGUCGCCGAGAGCCGUGUGAUAGCCCGAUUCUCGGGAGCCUCAGCUCUCCCGCAGCAUGGCGACGCCUGUCCAGCAGCCUCCUCAGUCUGGCGGCGGGAAGCGCAAAGGCAAGGCUCAGUAUGUGCCGGCCAAGCGGGCUCGACGCUGUGACGGCGGCGGGCCCCGGCAACUGGAACCCGGAUUACAGGGCAUUCUCAUCACCUGCAACAUGAACGAGCGCAGGUGCUUGGAGGAGGCCUACAGCCUGCUCAACGAGUACGGAGACGACGUCUACGGCCCCGAGAAGUUUACAGACAAGGAUCAGCAGCCCUCUGGAAGUGAGGGAGGUGAUGAUGACGUGGAGGCUGCUUUGAAGAAAGAAGUUGGUGACCUUAAGGCAUCUACGGAGAUGAGGCUAAGAAGAUUCCAGUCAGUGGAGAGUGGAGCAAAUAAUGUAGUCUUCAUCAGGACACUUGGCAUAGAACCUGAAAAAUUGGUCCAUCACAUUCUGCAGGAUAUGUACAAAACCAAAAAGAAGAAGACUCGGGUUAUUCUACGAAUGUUACCCAUCUCAGGCACAUGCAAGGCUUUCUUAGAAGAUAUGAAGAAAUAUGCAGAAACAUUUUUGGAACCCUGGUUUAAAGCUCCAAACAAAGGGACAUUUCAGAUUGUAUACAAAUCUCGAAAUAACAGUCACAUGAAUAGAGAAGAAGUUAUCAAAGAAUUGGCAGGAAUAGUAGGCAGCCUCAAUUCAGAAAACAAAGUGGAUCUUACCAAUCCACAGUACACAGUGGUAGUAGAAAUCAUUAAAGCUGUCUGUUGCCUGAGUGUUGUGAAAGAUUAUAUGUUGUUCAGAAAAUAUAAUCUCCAGGAGGUGGUGAAGAGUGCUAAGGACCCAUCACAGCUUAAUCCAAAGCAGGCAGCACAAGCAGGAAAUGGGAGAGAAGCUAAACUGGAAUCUGGUGACACAUCAAAUCAAAAUGACCCAGCAGAAGGAACAAAUAACCAGCAAGUGGUACCAGCGAAUAGUGAGGAGCUGGAGCAGACAAAACCAAUAUCUGAGACUCAGGUGGUGAAUGAGGGAGGAGCUAAGCCUGAACUUGCAAGUCAAGUCACAGAAGAAUCUGAGUCAAACGGAAAUGACGUCUCAUAGGAAAAAAAAUCAUUUGGUGUUAGAGGUGGGUUUCUGAACUGGGGUUCUGUGAGAUGUUGCUGGGAUUCCAUAUAAAAUUUUGACUGAAAAUAUUAUUUUUGAACUUUGUAUGCUGCAUAAUGCUGUGCUCACGGUAGUGAACGAUGAUUGAGCAGCCCUGUUAACAGUUUUGUUAGAGAUCUUUUCUGCCCUGUGUGACAGUGUGCAGUAGGCUCACAUGCAUUGGGGUGAGCUAGGAGAAGCUGUGGAUAAUUGGUGAACAGUUGCACAGGGAGGGGAGUGGUAGGAGGAGGAUGAUGAUGGCCUGUCCCUCUUGACUACCUUCCCAGCCUCCCUUUCUGCAUUGCCGACUGACUUAAUGCAAGCAAACAAGCUUUGUGACAGAUAAACCCGAAGGGAAGUUCUAAGGAAAGAAUUUUUGUGUUGCAACUCAGCUGUCUCCUACCUCUUUGUUGUAAACAUUGCAAAAACAUGGGUCAUGUAGGUUAGAAGUGAAUUGUUUUGUGACGUGUUUGUACUUUUUGUGAUUUUCUUUAGUUAUUGUGCCCGUUUUUAUAUUUUAUUAACAUUUGUUUGUUACAAACAGAUCUGACGGUCCAGUGCUGCAAUUUUUGAAGGCAAGGUGUGAGAUAGAAGAGAAGCAUUUUAGGUAUAGAACUACAGAUAUUUCUGAUAAGGUUAGUGAUGAAGAAUUACAGUAUUCUGAGUUACUGUAGUAUACUAGUGCUACCAGGGACACAAAGAAAUUGUUUGUUUACAAGGAAAGCUACUUCUCAGUGGCUUUAUAUAGACUCAGUCCAAGCUGUCCUAUUCCAUUGCACAUCGUCUGUGGAAUGCAAUGUACAAAGCUAGCAUUUUCUCCAGCAAUUGUAACUAUAAAUCAUAGCCAUUUGAUAAGUAAAGGCGUUGAUUAUUUUAAAUGACUUUUGGCAUGUCUAAAUGGUAAAGCUUUUGUUCAAAAAAAUCACAUUCAGUGAAAAGGUUUAGGAAGCAAAUUAUUUAGUAGCAGAAUUUAUUCCAGAAAAGAAAAAUUCACCUAGUUAGUAAGAAUCUAACACCACCAACAUUAAAAUGCUAGGGCAAGAAAGAGUACAUGAAAUUGAAAAGACUUUACUCUCAAUUUAAUAGAUUGACUUAUGUCACAUGAUGCUGAAGAGGUUUUGUGUAAUUAACUGAAAAGCAGGAGCUUCUCUGUCUGGGUUAAUGACUCAACAUAUUUCCCAGAUAUUUGUCGUGCUAUAGCAUUUGUAAGAUUUGUAAAUGAUGGUAAAAUUCAAGAAAACUUUUUCUGCUGUUAGGAGCCUCCCCGAAACAAAGGCCAAUAUAAAUUUAAUGGGUCUCCUCCAUAUUUGAAAACCAAAGAUUUGUCAUCUCGAUGCCUAGUGCCCCAUCAGCGGUUCAUUCCAUGACAAGUUUUGGCUCAUUUUAGUAAAAGAAAAUCCUGAUGUUGAUGUUACAGCACACUGCUUGCUUCACAGAGAGGUGCUGAUAUAAAAAACUUGGAGAUGAAAUGAAGAAAGUUCUGAAUAAUGCUACAAAAAUGGUUAACUUUAUUAAAGACCCAUUUAUGCGAGAAUGUU